GAAGUGUCUUAGCUGAGCUGGGGUGGGACAGGGAAGGUACAGAGAAGCUGCCGGAGAAGCACAUCCUGCUAGGUCUGACUUUCCAGAGGGGCUUGUUCUGCAUGCCGGCAAGGGCACCUCAGAGCUUCUCUUACCUUGAGGGCACUAGCUGAGUUGGUGACUCAGCUCUGGAGCUGGUGCCCCUGGGACUCGCUGCCUACCUUCUUCACUCCCUUCACCAGUAUGGAAGAUGAUAGUUACAACUACUAUGGGGUCGACAACCAGUCUGAAUGUGAGUACGAAGACUGGCAGUCCUCUGGGGCUCUCAUCCCUGCCAUCUACAUCCUGGUCUUCCUUCUAGGCACCACUGGCAAUGGCCUGGUGCUUUGGACCGUGUUUCGGAGCAGCCGGGAAAAGAGACGCUCUGCUGACAUCUUCAUUGCCAGCCUGGCAGUGGCUGACCUGACCUUUGUGGUGACUUUGCCACUGUGGGCCACCUAUACCUACCGGGAAUUUGACUGGCCCUUUGGAACCUUCUCUUGCAAGCUCAGCAGCUACCUCAUCUUCGUCAACAUGUAUGCCAGUGUCUUUUGCCUCACCGGCCUCAGCUUCGACCGAUACCUGGCUAUUGUCAGGCCAGUGGCCAAUGCUCGACUUAGGCUAAGAGUCAGCGGGGCUGUGGCCACAGCGGUCCUCUGGGUGCUGGCUGCCCUUUUGGCUGUGCCUGUGAUGGUGUUCCGUUCCACCGCUAUCAUGGAAAACAGCACCAAGGUCCAGUGUUACAUGGACUACUCCAUGGUGGCUACCUCAAACUCAGAGUGGGCCUGGGAGGUGGGCCUUGGGGUGUCAUCUACCGCCGUAGGCUUUGUGGUGCCCUUCACCAUCAUGCUGACGUGUUACUUCUUCAUUGCCCAAACCAUCGCUGGCCAUUUCCGUAAGGAGCGCAUCGAGGGCCUGCGGAAGCGGCGCCGGCUGCUCAGCAUCAUCGUGGUGCUGGUGGUGACUUUCGCCCUGUGCUGGAUGCCCUACCACCUGGUGAAGACGCUCUACAUGCUGGGGAAUUUGCUGCACUGGCCCUGUGACUUCGAUAGCUUCCUCAUGAAUGUCUUUCCCUAUUGCACGUGCAUCAGCUAUGUCAACAGCUGCCUCAAUCCCUUUCUAUACGCCUUUUUUGACCCUCGAUUUCGCCAAGCCUGCACCUCCAUGCUCUGCUGUGAUCAGAGCAGGUGCAAAGGCACGCCUCACAGCAGCAGCGGGGAGAAGUCAGCCAGUUAUUCUUCUGGGCACAGCCAGGGUCCUGGCCCCAACAUGGGAAAGGGAGGAGAGCAGAUGCAUGAGAAAUCCAUUCCCUAUAGUCAAGAGACCCUUGUGGACUAGGGCUGGGACCAGAGAGAAGCCUGGUGCCUUGGGUCUGACCCAGACUUUACCCUCAUGCUCUGAGAACCAGAUAGCCUGGCUGUACCUUCUCCCUGGUCCCUGGCUCCUUUCCCUGCUCCCUGCCUCCAAGCUCUGUCUUGGCCCCUCUUCACAGAGGUUUGCGGUUUAGCAGGAAGAGAUGGAGCCUUGCAAACAGACUUGUCCUCAGCUGUUCAAUAUUCCCGAGGCUGACCUUGCAUAAGUCUCCUAUCCUCUCUAAGCCUCAGUUUCUCGGUUUGUAUUAAAUGGGGGAAAGUUAUAUGAACCCUAAAACGUUGACAUAUGAGUUCUGGCUUAAUUUGUUUCCUUCUCUUUUCUCAGCUCUCUAGCCUGCCUUUCCCUCUCUUCCCUUUUUGCUUUCUCUGCUGAAGAAUCCUUCUGCUGUUGCUUACUCACUUUCUAGGUCUAACUCUCUCUUCUAGAGGAUUUCUCCUUCCUCAAUCCCUCCUUUACCUUCCUACCCAUACUCCUACCCCUCUUUUCCUGCUGGGCUCCUAUCUGUUAAGAAUGCUGAAGCUUGAAGGAUUAACCCUUUGAGUUCUUCUCCUGUUUCCGGAGAGCCAGCAGGGCAGGGUGGGCUGUGUGGGUAGGCAAAGAAUUAGUGCUUCAGCCCCCAGAGCCAGGAGCUCUGGAUGGAUCUUUCCAAAAGUUGCGUCAGUUCACUGUGGGUCCAGACACCAGGGCUAGACUGGUUUUUGAAUAGAGAUUUCCCUUUGGCAGAAUCUCUAUGUUGCUUAGUAGAUAAUGCAUCCUACCAACAAGCUAGCAUUCUUUUCUGCUUGUUUAUAGUUGACUGUGAGAAUUCCAAGGCAGUAGGACUGAGGACACUGUGGACUGUUCCUGUUCUGAUGAAGGGGAAGUUGGGAAAGGAACACAGAGAAAGAGGAGCCAGAGGGGAAUCUGUAUUUAGUCUGUAUGCUGCUUGGCUCCCCUCCCCAAUCCUCAUCCAUCCACCUCCUGUAGAACUGUGAACUGUAGAGCAGAUCUUUCUCCUGUCUCCUUCCUCACCCCACCAUCUCCUGAAGUUUUCCAUAGCUGUUGGUGCUACUUGGCACAGAGUCACUUGGUUGGGUAGGGCUGUUUGCUUUUUGUCUAUGUGGGUAUAUGUAAAUGUGAGCACACACACACACACACACACACACACACACACACACACACACAAGAGUAUCAUAUGAACUUCAUGGAUGAAGGAACUUAGAUGAACCUCCACGUACUCCCCUGCACCUCUGCAGGUCUCGCACUCCACUUGGAGAAGAAUGGACAUGCGAAGGAAAUGUAGAAUAGAUGUGAGUUCACCCCCACUGGAUUUGGGGACCUCUGACGGCUGGUCCGUAUUUAGGAAAGAAGUCUAUGUUUGCACUAGGCUUUCUGUAGGGAGCUGUUUCCUCAGUAGCAUCUGGUCCUAAGGCUGGAGAAGCCCAGAGCUGGGAUCCAGCUCCUCUUCCAGUUGCAUAGUGGGAAGAAGAGACUUACGGACUAUAGCAUGGCCCUUCUCCCAUGUCCCAUACCUGCUUUUGAGUUAUUCCUCACCACACUCACUUUCUUCAGGGUCUGUGGUCCUCUUCCUAAGGAGGUCACUUUCUUGCUACAGGACGAAAGAUACAGGGUGAGCUUUUGUUCUCCUGCCUAACAGGACUGAGCCUCUUGGCUUAUCUUGCAGGUUGAAGGGGGGCGGUGAAGUGGGGGAAAGAGUGACUGGAGCAGUUGUGGGGGUCUCAAGGACAAAAUUAAUAGUGGGGCCCUUGUGAGCUGGAAAUGGGUGUGCAUAUUCCGGGUUUUGUUCUUGGAGGCCUCUGGAAACCAAGGACAAGACAUAAGCCAUGGAAACAGGAAGAGCCUGGCUUGAUGCAGUUGGACCUUCUCUGGCACAAACCCUGCUCCUGGAGCAAAAGGGGGUGGUGGUGGAGAAAACAGCUCCUCUCAGCUGAGUCUCUGCGUGCCUCAGGCCAGAAACUUUCACACAGCUACUUUCCCUGCCCAGGGCCACCCUUGAAGCAGCCAGCUCAGGCUGCAGGAGGCUUCCAGGAGGCAGGAAACUCAACCAUGGCAUGGGGCAGAUAGCAGCAGAGGCUGCCUCUUCUCCCCACCCCCACCCCUUCUUCAGAAUGUGCUCUGUUCUGAUCUUGUUAGUCACUGUGGCUCAUCAAAUAAAACUG